AUGUCUUCCACAACCCUCAGCACCGCCAGCGCCGUCCCCACGGCCUGCACAAACCUCUAUGACACCCCCAACCAGGACAACACCUGCGCCAUGCCCUUCAAGGACAACCACACCGAGAUCAUGCAGAAGUGCUGCGGUGACGCCAAGAUCGUGAGCUACUACAACGGCUGCGGCCUCUACUGUGUCGCCCUUGACCAGACCAUCGGCGAGCUCGCAAAGUGCCUCUUCGCCAACGGCGCCCCCGACGCCGACGUCUUCUGCAGCGGCAGCAAGAAGACCACAAAGACAAAGGACGCCGACGUCCCUGCUACCGCCCAGGCCAGCGUCAUCUCCGGCGACGAUGAUAAGGAUGAUGAUGACAAGAGCUCUACUGGCACUGCUUCUGGUACCUCCACCAGCACCGGUACCAGCUCUUCCAGCUCCGAGACUUCUACGGAGAGUGGAAACGCCGCUGCUGGCUUCGCCCCCAAGUCUAGCAUCAACACCCUUGGCCUUGCCAUUGGUGCUCUGCUCUUCUCAUCCAUGGCUGCUGGUGCUUUCCAGCUGUAA